ACAGACAUGGAUCAGUGCUGUUGAUCUAGAUUAGUCCUGCCCAUUCUCCCAUACUAGCCCCGACCCGCAGUCACGCCGGUGACGCGUACAUUCCCUGCUCCAGCCCACAGCCAUAUUGAAACUACUCUUUCCUACUUUGGUGGCCCGGGAAGGAAGCCGAGGGAGUUUCUACGGACGUUUUUUAAUUCGGAGUUUAACGUAUAUAUUUUGCGCAAGGAAAAAACACCGGUGGUUGUUGCUUCGCUUUAACGAUUGUUGGUCGGUUGCGUUGAGGCGUUUGCAAGAUGGUUGACCGCUUGGCGAACAGUGAAGCCAACUCCAAACGCAUAGCAGUUGUGGAAGCCUGUUUCGGCACAGCAGGCCAGCCGCUGGUCAUCCCGGGUCGAGUGCUCAUCGGCGAGGGCGUCCUCACAAAACUGUGCCGCAAAAAGCCCAAAGCCCGGCAGUUCUUCCUCUUCAAUGACAUCCUGGUGUACGGCAACAUCGUCAUCCAGAAGAAGAAAUACAACAAGCAGCACAUCAUCCCUCUGGAGAGCGUCACUAUAGGCACUGUAGACGACGAGGGCGACCUGCGGAACGGCUGGCUCAUUAAAACGCCCACCAAAUCAUUUGCCGUCUACGCUGCCACGGCUACGGAGAAGUCGGAAUGGAUGAGCCACAUCAGCAAAUGUGUCUCGGAUCUGCUGGAGAAGAGCGGGAAAUCUCCAACCGGGGAGCACGCCGCUGUCUGGGUGCCCGACUCCGAGGCGACCAUAUGCAUGCGCUGCCAUAAGGUGAAGUUCACCCCCGUCAGCAGACGGCACCACUGCAGGAAAUGUGGCUUUGUUGUGUGCGGCCCCUGUUCGGAAAAGAAGUUCCUGCUGCCCAGUCAGUCUUCCAAACCGGUUCGCGUCUGCGAGUACUGUUACAAACAGCUCUCCACUGGCGCCACCCUGCCCCCCUGCUCGGACUCCUACGGCCGAUCCGGUUCAGAGUUCUCCUCUAAUAACCUCUCUGAUGACGAAGAUGAGGAUGACAGCAGUGAUUAAGAUUUACUUUCAGGAUUAUAGACCAUCCAUGAAUUACGUCCCAUUGUUUUAGUCUCUACGUUUCUUUCAGGGUUUAAAUUUACAUUACAACUAUUUUAUUCUUGUGGCAACACUCUUUAAGCAACACAACUUACUCUAAUGAAUUAAAGACCCUGUGUAAAAGAACAAAUGUUUGAUGGGAAUUGUUGUAAGUUCCUGCGUGUUUUCUGAACACUAUUUGCACUACUUGCAUACUCACAAGUAGUUUUUUUACAGUGUCACGUCUGAAUGGCGCCUCUCAUUCUUAAUAAUUUAACCUCUUAUAUAUAUAUAUCUUAAGUUUUUUUCUUUAGAUAUAUUCCUUUCAACCUUCUUUCCUCUUUACUCAAAUUCUCUUUUUGCGGUCACAACUGUUUUUUCAUGCUUCUUUGCUGCUACAGUAUCUGCUAAAGAGGGGAAUGCUGGGUAAUCUGAUUGUAGGCUAUUCACAGGAAUCCUCUCCCUGCUAUAACCCUCAGGCGAAGCCACGUAGAUUUUCAACCGAUUCAGUUGUUGUACACUGAAUACAGAAGCGUAGUUUUGCAACAGGUAAAAUUGUUUUAAACAAGGAGCUGCAUUUAAUGCUUUGAAUAACCAACCACUAGCAAACCAUGCAAGUAUGUUUUAAGAGAAAAGUUUUCAGAAGAAAUUCUUGGUUGACUGUUUCUCGUAAUUGCAGGUGACAAAUUAGAUGGAAGCUUUUUUUUUAAAGCUUGCACAUGUGUAUAUAGUGCUGUUGGAUAGGAAGUCUAUUGGAGAAUUCACCUGACAAGGCUGUUGCCGCCUCAGUGCCUUUUUAAUGAUUUAUUCUCAGGAAGUGCAUCCUGGUAAAGACACUUUUGAGGCUACAGUUUAUAACAUUUUGUGGACUGAUGUUUUACAGUACUGUGCAUCAUUCAAUGGCGCAUUCACAUUUAGCACCGUAUCCUGCUUCACAGCACAUCAGUCAGAAAUAUUAGCUCAGUAAUUGGACUGCCCAGGUUUGUAGGUUUUUGGGAUGGCACCGAAGAUCUUGCGAUGCAUUGCUUAACUUCCGGAUUCGGCUGUGACAAACUGAAAUGCAUUUUAGCAUACAGCCCAAAGGAACUUCGGCGACAGAAGAACCGUCCAUUUUCCUCACCGUCUCAUUAGAGUCUUUGUGUUAGUGACAUCACGUGCCGGGGCAUGGCGGUCAGUGCUACACAUUUUGAAUGGGAAUUGAAAGCAUUAUAAGGAAGCGACUAAUAUACAGCCUACUUUUGUUUUUACUGACUGUUUCACAUGCACUAACCGCUGUCCAGAGUGACAUUUGUUAAAAGACUGCUCGGAGACAUAACCGAGUAUAUUCCUGCCAGGUUUACUGUUUGUAUUUUUCACAAGAGAAGCUGUAGGAUAAAAACCAGCGAUAUUUCUUGAGAUACUUGUGUCUAAGAACUGAAUACUUGAUCACAUGUGAAGAUGUCAGAUUAACAAAACUAACAUUGUAAAGGGACAUUUAAUAAAACUAGACUCAGAGUUCUGACAGCAAUCCUUAUCAUAUGCAAUAACAGAUACAUAUUGAGUAUUUUUUUGCUUUUUGUAGAUUGCGAGUGGGAUUUAGCAAUAGGUUUACAGUGAUUGAUCUUAUCUUGCUUUUGGAAUCUAUCAGUAGAUUUGCAGAUUAGUUAUGGAACAAUUUUAAUUGUUUUCAUCUUUCCAAGUGUAACCUGAUGGUAUUCUGAGAUGAUUUCUUUGUUUUAAUUAUGUCGUUAUAUUCUAAGAUUGUUUAAUGUUGCUUAUAUUGUAAACUUUGUACAGUUUUUAUAUAUUUCUUCUUAUUUGGGCCUGCAGCUGCUUUUUGUUUUAAUAAUUUUUCUGUGUGGUUCAUGUGUGUUUCCUGAACACUGGAUCAGUAACCAGCACUUUACUAUCUCUGCAAACCACAAGAGAGGGGCGGGGCCUGAGUAGAAUGUGGGCGGGGAAUAUUACAUGUCUUCACACAUAGAAUCUGGCUGCAAUGACGAGUGAAUAGAUAGUUCUUUUAUUCCCUUAUUCAGUUUGCCAUUAUGGCGUAAUGGGUUAUAUGUAAAGUAAAAAGACAGAAUCAGCGUUUACUUUUAACUUGACUUUUUGAUUUUUUUACGAUUUUUCAAGUUUUAUGUAAUUUAUGAUUCCCUAAUUUUUUUAACCGAUUUUCCUGUUUUCUUGUCCAUGUUGCCAUUUUAAUUCUCCUCUAAUAAUUUGAAAGGGUUAAGAACUGAAUGUAAUCCGUCAUAUCAUUAUUAGAUACUAAUUUAAAGGAAAAUAUAUGCAUUGCUUAAA